CGUUUUGCUUCUGCUCUUUAGAAACUGAAAGCUCCCAUUUUUGGGAUCUCUGAACUACCAAAUAGAAACUCCCUAUUAUUUUGCAAACCAACCGAGUUUCCAUCUGCCUACAUCAAAAACAAGAAAAUUAGAUUUUUCCUUUCUGAAAGAGAAUAGAGCAAGUAGGUUUUACACAAUGAGAGGCUUUACAUUCUUUGAGAGAGUCUUUAGAACUUUUCAUGAUCACCCAACAGCAUCUAAACUUCUUGUACUGUCCAGUGUCAGUGGUGGAGGUUUACAGGCAUUUUCUGAUGCCAAUCAAUCACAAAGUUUAAUUUCAGAGUCUGGUGAAGCUAAAUUCAAGAAAAAGAAAGUGGUGGUACUUGGAACUGGUUGGGCUGGCACCAGCUUUCUCAAGAACUUGAAAAGCUCAUCUUAUGACGUUCACAUUGUAUCGCCUCGAAACUAUUUUGCAUUUACUCCUUUGUUACCAAGUGUUACAAAUGGAACAGUAGAAGCUCGUAGCAUUGUUGAACCCAUUCGUAAUAUUGUUAAGAAGAAACCUUUUAAAGUUGAAUUCAAGGAAGCAGAGUGUUAUAAGAUUGAUCCUGUGAAAAAGAAAAUUCAUUGUCGAUCAAGAAAUGCUGAAGAAUUCACAAUGGAUUAUGACAUUUUAGUGGUGGCGAUGGGAGCUUGUUCAAAUACUUUUAAUACUCCUGGUGUUCUGGAAUAUGCUCACUUCUUGAAGGAAGUAGAAGAUGCUCAAAAGAUCCGUAGGUCUAUAAUUGAUUGUUAUGAGCGAGCAAGUCUUCCCAAUUUAAGUGAAGAAGAGAAGAAACAUAUCAUGCAUUUUGUAGUUGUUGGCGGUGGUCCAACAGGUGUGGAAUAUGCUGCAGAGCUUCAUGAUUAUGCAGUUGAAGAUUUAGUUCAGCUGUAUCCUUAUCUUCAUGACUACCUAAGAAUUACACUUAUUGAGGCGGGCGAUCACAUUUUGAACAUGUUUGAUGCAAGGAUCAGUGAAUUUGCUAUAGGCAAGUUUCAUAGAGAUGGAAUUGAAGUAAAGACGGGGUCACUAGUCACAAAAGUUUCUGAGAAGGAAAUUUCUACUAAAGAUAUAAAAACUGGCCAAACCAGUUUGGUGCCAUAUGGAAUGGUUCUUUGGUCAACAGGUAUUGCUACUCACCCUGUCAUUCGGGAGUUUAUGAAGCAAAUUGGCCAGGGAAACAGGCGCAUUUUAGCCACUGAUGAAUGGCUCAGGGUUGAAGGAUGUGAUGACAUAUAUGCUCUUGGUGAUUGUGCCACAAUAAAUCAACGAACGAUAAUGGAAGACAUAGCAGCAAUAUUCAGUAAGGCAGACAAGAAUAAUAAUGGUGUUCUAGAACUCCGAGACUUUAAGGAAGUUGUUGAUCACAUUAGUGAGAGAUACCCUCAAGUGAAUAUUUAUAUGCAAAGGAAGAAACUGAAAAACUUUGAUGAUUUGCUCAAGCAGGCUCAAGGAAAUGACAAAAAGAAAAUAGAUAUUGAAAUGUUUAAGCAGUCUCUAUCUGAAGUGGACUCUCAAAUGAAAAAUCUUCCAGCAACUGCUCAGGUUGCUGCUCAACAAGGUGCAUAUCUUGCGAAUUGUUUUAAUCGGAUGGAGCAAUGUGAAGAUAAUCCUGAAGGUCCUCUCAGAUUCAGGGGAACAGGCCGCCAUAGGUUUCAUCCCUUUAGGUACAAACACCUUGGACAAUUUGCUCCACUAGGAGGAGAACAAACAGCAGCUCAACUUCCAGGAGAUUGGGUGUCCAUUGGUCAUAGCACUCGGUGGCUCUGGUACUCUGUCUAUGCAAGUAAGCUAGUAAGUUGGCGAACAAGAAUGUUAGUGAUAACUGACUGGUUCAGAAGGUUCGUAUUUGGAAGGGACUCAAGUAAAAUCUGAGAGUGGUUGGAGCAGAUGUUUUCUGUUUUUGCAUCUCUAGUUUUGUUUUGUUGUCUUCAUUGUUAUGAUUCUCCUGUAUUGGCUACAAUAUCUAUCUUCUUCAGUAGAAAAUAAAUUCUCAGAGGAAUGCUUUUCCUGAUAAAUUCCCCUUAUUAUGCAUGCUGAACAAUAGCCUGAA